AUUUAACACUACAUAUCUGGAGCGGCGUCUGUAGUAAACAAACAACUUUACUCUGGACUCGUGCACAGAACUUGUGUAUAUUGAAGAAGACCAGAAUUUAUUCAGAGUAAAAGAAAGACAAACAUGUCCACUAGAUGGUAUCCUCUCUACCGGCAAGGGAAUCCACAGUUGAGAGUAUUCCUUCCAAACUUCUUUAUGAAACUUGUAAAACCAGAUGCCCCCCAGCCACCCAAUGUUGUCCAGUUCAUCGUGUCAAUGCAGAUGAGCAAAUAUGAUAUAGAAAAUUACCUGGAAAAAAUUUACAACGUUCAAGUUGAAAAUGUGGUAACGCAUGUGAGAAUGGGUAAAUGUGAGAGAAGCUUCAAAGGUUAUAUAACAAAGAAGGAUGACUAUAAGGUUGCCUUUGUGACACUACCCAGGACAGAGAAGUUUGAGUUCCCAACUCUCUUCCCAGAAAGUAAACAAGAAAAGGAAAAUGAAGAAUUGAAACAGCUUGAUGUUCUCCAGGAUGAAUGGAACAGCAACACCAGGAGACAUAAACACAGACAUGGUGUUCCAACUUGGUUUGGGGUGUGAUUGUCUGUAGAUCAAGUGUCAUGUAAGAGUCAAGUGUUUAUAUCGAGCUAGAAAUGUAAAUAAUAGUUAUAGUUGUUGAGUUUGAUUAGGGGUGUCAUUUUUCACUCACUGUCAAUAAGAAAAUUCUUAAUCUGAACCAGUACAGUAUUUGGUUGUAAGUAAACAGAAUAAAAAACUGGUAAUGAAAA